AUGUCAAAGGUGAAAAAUAUUGUCCAGACAUGCAUACUCGACAUUCUAUGGCACCUCCUGUGUUUGUUAUUUUCAGAUGCACAACUUCAGGUCAUCCUUGGGGGACUUGCAAUCCUCAGAGUUGAUAAUGUUCCCUCCAUGAAGACACUCAAAGAUAUUGACAAUUCCCUCCAGGCCCAAUACAGGAUUCCAUUGGUCUGUUAUCAAGGUGCACUUGGCCAUAUCUAUUAUGUCAACCACCUGCCUUCUAUCAUUGCACAAGAAACAGCAAACCCAUGCAUCUGCCCACAUAUCUGCCAUUACCCUGAAGAUGCUGGGGGGCAACUUGACCAGCUGUGGCAAGCGAUGAGGUGGCUGUAUGAGAUUGAUCCCACUGUUGCCACACCCAUGAUUUGCAAAGGCCAUCAAGAGUUUUAUGUGUUUGAGCUGGCAAAGUUGAUGGAUGGCACAAUGGUUGUUCCCAAGCACUGGUAUACAAAACCCUCUGCAUUACUAACUUCUCCUCCCUUUGAGCUUGAGUAUUGGGCCCACACAUGGCAAGCUCACCCCAUCAUGAGCAGUCACACACAUGGAUAUGUUAUCCACACAUAUGAUACCAUCAAGGUGCCAGUGAGCAGUCUUCUCCUCUCAUUUCCACACCCACUUCAAACACCUCAGAUUGAUGGUCAACCCAACCCAUGCAAUAUCAUAGAGACGAGAGGACAUGGUGUCCUCCCAUGGAUGUUGACUGAUCCUGUGGUUUGGAAUAUAUGGCAUGCACACACAAAGGGGCACCAUGUCCUCAGUUACAUGAUAUGGCUUUAUUGUGAUGACACCUCCAGCAAUAUGUCAAAGAAGUGGAACAAACACAACUCAUUUCUCUUCACUGCAGCUGGUCUCCCACAUGCUCUGGUCCACAAAGAGAGCAACAUCCAUUUCUUCACUACAUCUAACAUUGCUCCCCCCCUAGAAAUGCUUGAUGGUAUUGUGGCCCAACUCGAACAUGCACAAAUGCAUGGCAUUUGGGCUUGGGACAUAGAAGCAAGGGAGAUGGUUCUUGUGAUCCCUGCUGUCCUGGUGAUGCUUGGCAACAAUCUGAUGCAGAGUGAACUUGCAUGCCAUGUUGGUCUGCAGGGUAAAUUUUUUUGUCACAAUUGCUGGGUGCAAGGGGUAGGGGCAGAAUCAAGUGAACACCCACAGGUGCCACAACCAGACAACAACACUUGUUCCAUUGAAACUGCAUCACACAUGACUGACUUGGACAGGUCCACUCAUGGGGGUGUCACACAACAGCUGAAAGGCAAGGGCCACUGCUUGGAGACAAUGCAAGGUCUUGUUGAUCAAGCAAGGCAUUUCCUUGGAGCCAACACACCUUGCACCUGGCAACACAUGGUGGAGAAACUCUGUAGCAUGUUCCAUGAAACUGACAUGGGCAUUAAAGAUACAUACAUGGACAUGUUCAUUGAGCAGAUCCUCAAGCAUGUCCAAGGCAUUUGCCAUUCAGUGGAAGAAUUCAUGAGUCCUGUUUGGAGGAUCAAAGGUAAGAAUCCUCUGCAUCAGUCGCUUGUUUCAUCACUCACUUACUCAACUUCAGGCCUUGAUCCCCAUCAAGACACCCCUGUGGAAGUCCUGCAUGUCAUCUUACUCAGAUUUGUGAAGUAUUUCUGGCAUGAUGCCAUCUCCAGGAUGAAUGAUGAUCAAAAAGCAGAGCUCCAGGUUCAAUUGGCAUCAUUCAAUACCUUGGGACUUGGCAUCCCUCCAUUGGCAGCCCAAAUGUUCAUUCAAUAUGCUGGGUCUCUCACUGGAUGUGAUUUCCAUGCCAUAUGCCAGGCAGCACCCUUUGUACUCUAUGACCUUGUUCCACGUGAGUGCUACAAAGUGUUUCUGGCACUAUCAUCUCUGGUGCCCCUUGUUUGGCAACCAUGCAUCAACAACAUUGACAGGCACCUGUUCAAUAAGCCCAAGUUUCACAUUCUUCAGCACCUCCCUGACUACAUCCAGCAUUUUGGUCCUGCAAUGCUAUUUGAUACAGAAGGGUUUGAAUCUUACAAUGCCAUGAUCCAUGACCAGAGUAUUCACAGCAACAGACAAGUGCCUUCCCGAGACAUUGCCUGUGGAAUGGCAUGA